AUGCUCUCAUUUGAGUCAAAAAUCCUUCCAAGUGAACGAGAGGUUACAGCUCGACCUAUUGAUGGUAAGGGGAAGAUUUCAUCUUCCGAAUCUCGAUUGAUCGAAUCUCCCGCCCCAGGUAUUAUUUCAAGACGUUCUGUAUAUGAACCUCUUCAAACGGGUCUUAUUGCUAUUGAUUCUAUGAUCCCUAUAGGACGCGGUCAGCGAGAAUUGAUUAUUGGGGAUAGGCAGACCGAAGAAGACUCACUAUUAAAUACUCCAGAAGGAAAAUUAUUACAAGCUUUAUUUGAUAUUAAGGCACCUACUGGAAAAGAAAAUUGUUUUAGAGUCCCUAAAGGUGUAAAAGGUCGAGUUAUCGAUGUGAGAUGCUUUCAGGAGUUCGAGGAAGACGAUUAUCUCGGCGAUAUUGUAGAAAAAGUUCAUGUAUAUAUUUUACAAAAACGUAAAAUACAAGUAGGCGAUAAAGUAGCUAGAAGGCAUGGUAAUAAAGGUAUUAUUUCAAAAAAUUUGCCCAGGCAAGAUAUGCCUUAUUUACAGAAUGGAACACCAAUGGACAUGGUAUUAAAUCCAUUAGGGGUACCUUCACGAAUGAAUGUAGGACAGAUCUUGGAAUGUUUGCUUGGUUUAGCAGGAAAACUAAUGAACAAACAUUACAGACUAGCACCUUUUGACGAAAGGUACGAGCGAGAAGCUUCUAGAAAACUAGUCUUCUCUGAGCUUUAUAAAGCUAGCGAGCAAACAACUAAUCCAUGGGUAUUUGAACUUGAUCAUCCUGGAAAACAUAGAUUAAUUGAUGGAAGAACAGGAAAGGUAUUUGAACAACUUGUUACAAUAGGAAUAGCUUAUAUAUCGAAAUUGUGCCAUCAAGUUGAUGACAAAAUUCAUGCACGUUCUAGUGGACCUUAUACACUGGUUACACAACAACCUCUCAAAGGAAAAUCCCACCGAGGAGGGCAACGAGUAGGAGAAAUGGAAGUUUGGGCUUUACAAGGUUUUGGUGUUGCUUAUAUCUUACACGAGAUGCUUACUUUAAAAUCUGACCAUAUGGAUACUCGUGAAAAAAUAUUUGGUGCCAUUUUCAACGGAGAACCAAUGCCUAAACCUAGCACUCCUACAGAAUCUUUCCGAUUGCUCAGUAGAGAACUACGAUCUUUAGCUCUAGAAUUGAAUCAUACUAUUCUAUCUGAGAUAGACUUUCAGAUAGAUAAGAAGGAAGUUUGA